AUGUUCUUCGACGGAAACGCCAAAAAACGUCCUCAGAUCAAUCUCGGCGGCUCGAGGAAUUUAAAGGACAAACCGGCUUUAUUACGAAGUAAUCAGGAAAGAAGGCUUGCAAGACAAUAUGAGAAGAAAAGAAAAGAGUCCGCCACAAAGAUACAAGCAUUUGUUCGAGGCAGAACAAUCGCCAAAAAGUCACGCGCAUCUAUACGCUUAGAAUGGGAUAUUGAGGCCAAGAAUUACUUGAAUUCAAACUCCUCGCCUCCCGUGGCGGCUCUGAACUUGGUUCUUCUGGUCAGAAAAUUCUUGUUCUUUUACCGACCAUUUCAGGACGUUGAGAGAGAGACUCUUUUGUGUUAUUUAUUGACUUUGAAACGACAAGACACGAUACUCUUUAUCCAUCCCUUUUUAUACGAUGACAUACGCGACGUUUGGACUUAUCAAACAAAGUGUCUUUUAGUUUUGUUUCUCAGACGUUUUGGGUCUCAUAAUUUACACCCAAAUUUCCGUGUGACUCUUCUUGAUUACGUGAAUCUCAUACGAUCAGCCACAGAUGAGUCAAACUACUUGCAAAUUAGGGAUGAAUUUUGCAGAAAAAAGAUCGUUAACUGUCUUCUUGAGCAUUUAAUACAGCAAGGCCUGUAUCGAGAAUUGAGUAAUCAUCUCCUUGGAUUGCCAGUUGACGUACCCUCACCGACAAUACCUUCCUUAAGCCACCUCUCAACCCUUCCCUUCCGUAAUCUCUCUGCCGACUCCCCUGUCUUAAUUCCCUCUAUCCACGCCUUUAUCACAGAAAUUUUAAAAAUGCCCUUUCUGAUGUAUCGCAUAAAACAAGAACUAUCAGCAUUCACGGCGCACAUUCCAAUCGAUGUUGUUAUGACAGAGCUGUCAACAAUGAGUUUUAAAACCGAAGAGGGACUGAGAGCGGGAACAGGCACAGAGUUGAUUUUGAGCACAGAAGAGGCUGCUGGUUUAUUGAGCAAUAUACUGGCUUUUACUCGUCCAGAGAAGAUGGCAUCUUUGAGUAAAUUUGCUAUUAAUAAGGGUAUUACGUUGGAUGACGUUAUGCUUGCAUACUUGGAAGUUCUGAAGAAUUUAUUUACAUUAAUUCCAACAAAUGCACUCUCUAAUAAAAAGGCAAACAAUACUCGUCUGCUUUGGUGGAUCGAACGUUUUUUCAAAGGUCCUCAACUUGCAUCUAUCUUCGCCUUCGCUACUUCGUCUUCUGGUUCAACGUCACUACUCCGUGUCUGUAAUUUACUCAUGGCUCUCAUGAGUCGAUGGCCAUUGAAGAAGCAGCAGCUGUUGACUAGCAUGAUGAAGAGAUUUAGUCCAGACAAGAAAGAUACCUACGUCAAGAUGAUUUGGGAAGGGUUCACAGCAAUGGAAUUAUACGAGAAAAUUAAUGAGAGAAUGUUUCCCACGGCAGUUAUUACAGGUGAGCUAGCUAUGAUGGGAGGAAAGAAUGUAAAGGAAGAUAUUUUAGAACAGUGUCAUGACCCUGCGCAUGCCCAACAAUGGGAAAUGCUGGCCCUGCUAUGUGAGCUAUUUAGUCGCGUAUUACUGACCACUGGAGAUGACGAGUUCUUUGAAGAUGGGAAGAAUCCUUUGAAUCUUGGUGAAGUUAUCAAGAUGUCUGCUUGCUUGAGGAAUGUCACGUUUGCACUAUAUUGGAAUUCACACUUCAAAAUGGAAUAUGUGCUCGAAGGCACAUGUAUACAACUUACGUAUUUAAGGGAUAUAUUGACAAAGGUGCUCCAGCAAAUACAUGCGAGAGACUCUCGUCGCCAAUUCACAGAAACAGGUCACUGGUUAAUGGCUUCGCAGAUGGAUAUGGCAUCUUUCAUCAACGAAGCAGCGUCUUAUGAACAAGGUGCCGAAGAUUUACCUCCCAAAAGUGGUCCACGUCGAAUCGCUCCUAUCAGUCAUCGAAUAAAGAUAUUGAAUAGCAUUCCGUUUGUUAUUCCAUUCGAAGACCGAGUCAAGCUAUUUAGGAAAUUUGUACAAAAUGAUCCAAAGCGACCAUAUAAUCACUACCGAAUACGCGUCGAUAUCCGCCGGACUCACAUAUUCGAAGACGCCUAUACGUAUCUUAGUGGAUUGAAAGAAGAACUAAAAGAUCGCAUAGCAAUCUCUUUCAUUGAUCAGCACAACCUUACGGAGGCUGGGGUUGAUGGCGGGGGAUUGUUGAAAGAAUUUUUGACUUUGUUGUGUAAAGAAGCAUUCGAUGCAAACCGUGGCUUAUUUGUUACAACUAAAGAUCAAUUGCUGUAUCCUAAUACGUUGAGAUAUGCUCAAGAAGAACAACAACUGAACUAUUAUGAGUUCCUCGGUCGUAUAUUGGGUAAAGCUUUAUAUGAAGGAGUAUUGGUUGAUUUUGCAUUUGCUGGGUUCUUCUUGAGUAAAUGGCUUAGUAGAUCAUCAUAUUUGGACGACUUACCAUCGCUGGAUCCAGAAUUAUAUAAAGGAUUAAUAAUACUCAAAAAUUAUGAAGGAAACGUCGAGAGUGAUUUCGGAGUGAACUUUACAGUUGUCGACCAUGAGCUUGGAGUGUCUCGUAUAGUUGAACUUAUACCGAACGGCGCGAACACUCCGGUGACUAAUGAAACAAAAUAUCAAUACGUCUUUCGAGUUGCCAAUUACAGAUUAAACACACAAAUCAACAAGCAAUGCAAGGCAUUCUUUAAAGGGCUUUCUGACUUGAUUGAGCCAAAAUGGCUACAAAUGUUUAAUCAGCAAGAACUCCAGGUUCUCGUUGGUGGAGCACAGAUCGAUAUCAACCUUGACGAUCUUCGUCAGAAUACCGUCUACUCUGGCUAUAGCGAUGACGACACUGUAAUCCAAAACUUCUGGAAUGUUGUCUCUUGCUUCAGUGAAGAACAAAAACGUAAAUUAAUUAAAUUUGUGACAUCAUGUUCUCGACCACCUUUACUCGGGUUUGGAGAGCUUGUUCCAAAGUUUGCUAUUCGAAAUGCCGGGAAGGAAUUAAGGUUGCCUACGAGCAGCACUUGUUUUAACUUGUUAAAGUUGCCCGCAUAUCCUGAUGAAAAGACGUUGAGAGCGAAAUUGGAAUAUGCAAUCGAUGCGGGUGUUGGAUUCGAUCUGUCAUAA